AUGAAUAAAGAUCGCCCGUGUCGUUUGAACUCUCGCCACGCUGAAGAUUUCUCUCUGGUGAUGUCGUGUCAGCAGCGAUUAGCUGUAGUCCAGGGGUCGCUUUUUUGUACCAUGAAAAUGGGAAGGCAUGUGGUGAUACUGGCGUGUUUCGCCGCAUUGGCAAGCACGGUGGCACACGGCCUAUAUCGGUCUCCCUCAUACUGGAAUGACCCGUGGCCGGAGACAGGCGAAGACUGGGCGGAGGUCGUGGCUCAAGUAAAAACUACGUCGGAGCGCCUGUACGAAAGCGUGCUUGCUUUUCGGCGUCUGACCACCUCCGCCACCGUGCGAUACUCUGCUUACAAAAAGGAGAAACAGCUCCGCCCAGAGGCGCUACAGCUUCCGCAUAUGUGGCAUGUCAGGAACGAAAUUUGGCGUAUUACGGACGAUUUACGUAACGCAAAAGACCAACUUCGGCUGUUGAUACGAAAGCAGAAAGCCUUAAUUUCUAUCCUCGAGGGAAUGCGUGGCAAAGGCGACAGAAAGCACUGGAACGACACGACCAGCAUCUGCAGAAAGGCAAGCGGGGAAUUACGAGAAGCAGAGGAACUGGUAGAGCGGGAAGAGGAGGAAUACAACAUUGAGGUCGAGUGA